GUCUCGGGGGCCUUGUUGAAACGUAGCAACAACCGUUGGCACUGGCUUUAUUUUCGCCGCUGUCCCGGGUUACGCUACUCCAAUUGAUUUUCUUCCAACCUGAAUCCAUCACCGAAACCCUCUUUCCAGCCUCGAAUUCGCCGCCAGGUCUCUGAAAACCAGGAUGUUCAGCGUCAAGCACCUCUUUCUCGCCGCCUCCGUGAUGGUGGGCGCGGGCGUCAUGUUCGCGCAGCCAGUUGCGGCCGCGAAGGGUCCUAAGAUCACCCACAAGGUCUACUUCGACAUUGAGCACGGUGACGAACCUCUGGGGCGCAUUGUCCUGGGUCUGUAUGGCAAGACCGUCCCUAAGACGGUCGAAAACUUCCGCGCCCUGGCUACGGGCGAGAAGGGCUUCGGCUACGAGGGUUCCACCUUUCACCGUGUCAUCAAGAAUUUUAUGAUCCAGGGUGGUGAUUUCACCAACGGUGACGGUACCGGUGGCAAGUCGAUCUACGGCAACAAGUUCGAGGACGAGAACUUCAAGCUCAAGCACUCCAAGAAGGGCAUCCUCUCCAUGGCCAACGCGGGCAAAGACACCAACGGCUCCCAGUUCUUCAUCACUACCGUUGUCACCUCUUGGCUCGAUGGCCGUCAUGUCGUCUUUGGCGAGGUCCUCGAGGGCUACGACAUCGUGGAGAAGAUCGAGAAUGUCGAGACCAAGCCGGGCGACAAGCCGGUCAAGACCGUCAAGAUCGUCAAGAGUGGCGAGUUGGAGGUUCCUCCGGAAGGUAUUCAUGUGGAGCUUUAGAGGCUCCUUUUCUAACUCGUGCCUUGUCCCCAUUCCCUUGACACGGUUGUGGAUAUUACGAAGUAAAAUACAUAUGGCACGAAUGAGCUGGUUGCAGCAGUAUCAACCUGGAUCUCCUCGAGUGUCAGAGACAAUGUGCUGAUCGUUGAUUCUUCCCAACCCUCAUAUU